GUUUAGUUUUUUCUACCCUGCUAGACAGAGAGCGAAAAGCUGCUUUGUUGCGCAGAAAUUGCUCUCAUCAGUGUACGUCCCUCCAGUUCCUGCCUUUUGUAGUACCCUACACUAAGCAAGUCGGUAGUACACUGGUACGAAGUGAUAGAUAAACUAAACGAAUAAUAGAGCAAGUAUUUUGGACACGCGGCACGAUAAUAUUAUUAUUAUUUUCAACGAAAACUGUCCGUCCUGUUGCUUGUGCGGGGAAAAGAGAACGAUGUGAUCUAUGAAGUUCGCUCCGCAGAUGUUGAAUUAUUUCAAUCGCGCUGGACUGUACUCCGUCUUGUAGACAUUCACAUCGGCUUGGAGGGUUGGCCAGCCACUCGUUCGGUAAUGCAUAACCCAUAGAGGGGUCUGUUUGUAGACUACAAGUCUCCUCCAUAGAAGAUCCAGCAAGGAAUUCUUCCUAUUCUCCUGAGACUCCACCAAAUGCUAUGGUGGGGUGUAGAAGCCAGGUCACCAGUCAGGACUAGGGCUAGAUGGGAGCCCAUAUAGACAGCAGUGUCAGCCUGGUACUAUGGCUGCUUACGCCCUGAACAGUCUGAUAAUGAUGAACACCAACAAUGUAAAGAGUGAAAGCAGCCCUCGGACCGGGAGGCCCGUGCUGUCUGUCCCAGAGCGCUCCACCUACGGCCUUCCUGUGGUGAUUAGGGGUCCAUACAGCCCUGGCAGCCCCGGGAGUCCUGCAUCGUUCGUCUUCCCCCCCUCUCCAGACCGCAGCAGCCCCAGGGCCCUUUCCCCCUGUCGCCAUCCCGACAACCUGGGGGUGGUCGUGGGCAAUCGCGUCCGACGGCUCAGCAGCAACGGAGAGGACGAGGCCACCAAUGGGGAGGUGAAGCGCACAGUGCAGCUCCUGCAGAUCAGCCGCGAGCUCCAGAAUGUGGAGGUCAACAAGAAGGUGGGUCUAUUCGAGGCUCAGAUCUCAGGCCUGCGUACCCAGGUUCAGAACACUGAGAUCCAGCGCAGCCCAAGGGUCCAGCGCAGAACAGGCCCAGCCUCCCAACCCAGCUGGCCCGCCCAGGUGGCCCCCUCCAACACCCCACAGAGAGACUGCCCUCCAUGCAUUCCCAAGGAGCUCCAGAAUGGGAGAGCGUGUCUCCGCUUGGAGGAGGGAGUAACAGGGAACGGUAGAGCGGAACAUAGCACAGCUGACCCAAAUACGGAACAGGGCAGUUGCCUUGUGAACAAAUCAGCAGGAACUUGGGCCCAAGCUGACAGUCCUGCGAGCAGCUACUCCUCUAAUUCACUGGGGGUUGGCAGCUUCUUGGCAGCCAGUGACGACGAGCGCCCUGCAAAGUGGGCCCAGACCUGCCUGACAAAGGGGGGAUCGGAGCCAACGGAAAACCAGCGGCAAGCAUCCUCGUCCUGGGCCGGCAUAGAGGGAGGCUGCUCAGAAGCAGGGACCACCAUCCCAGCCGUCAUAGUCACAGACCACGGCAUGGAGGCCCAGGGAGAAAUCUGUGAUCCAGCCGGUGAGCCCCAGCACAGCCCCAGGUCAUCCCGCUCCUUGAGGAAGCUGUCCUCCUCCUCAGCCUCAUCCACAGGCUUUUCCUCCUCCUGGGAGGAAUCAGAGGAGGACAUCUCCAGUGACCCAGAGAGAGCCGAAGGACUGUCACCUGCCCUCCUCAACACUCAGCAGAAAGCUCACAAAUCAUGGAAGAAAAUCAAGAACAUGGUCCACUGGUCUCCAUUUGUCAUGUCUUUCAAGAAGAAGUACCCUUGGAUCCAGCUGGCGGGUCAUGCAGGCAGUUUUAAGGCAGGGGCUAACGGCCGGAUCCUGAAGAAGCACUGUGACUGCGAGCAGCGCUGCCUGGACCGGCUGAUGAAGGACGUGCUGCGCCCCUACGUACCAGCCUACCACGGAGACGUGGAGAAGGACGGGGAGAAGUACAACCAGAUGGAUGACCUGCUCUCUGAGUUUGACCUGCCAUGCGUCAUGGACUGCAAGAUGGGUGUCAGGACGUACCUGGAGGAGGAGCUGACCAAGGCUCGCAAGAAGCCCAGUCUGAGGAAGGACAUGUACCAGAAGAUGGUGGAGGUGGAGCCCCUGGCGCCCACGCCCGAGGAGCAGGAGAAGCAGGCCGUGACCAAGCCCCGCUACAUGCAGUGGAGGGAGACCAUCAGCUCCACGGCCACACUGGGAUUCCGCAUUGAGGGCAUCAAGAAAGAAGAUGGGACGGUAAACAGAGACUUUAAGAAGACAAGGACUCGGGAGCAAGUGACGGAGGCGUUCACAGACUUUGUCAAAGGAAACCAGAACAUCCUGAAUUGUUACGUGGACCGGCUGAAGGAAAUCCGGGACACUCUGGAAAUAUCAACCUUCUUCAAGACCCAUGAGGUGAUUGGCAGCUCUCUGCUUUUCGUACAUGACAAGCGGGAGCAGGCAAAAGUUUGGAUGAUAGACUUUGGGAAGACCACGCCUCUGCCAGAGGGGCAGGUCCUGAGCCACCGGGCUACCUGGGAGGAGGGCAACCGCGAGGACGGCUACCUGUACGGCCUGGACCACCUCAUAGACAUUCUCACCCACAUGGUGGUGACCCCAGAACCAGACUCUCAGCAGCACCAGGACCUUGCACUACAGUGACACCUCUGGUGUCCCCCCCAAAAAACACCCCAUCCGCUGGCCGCGGAAAACAAACUCUAGCCAUGCCGGUGGAAUGUCUUCACUGUUCUGUGUAAACUUGUAGAUUGUGUACAUACUGCUGUACAGGGUGUUUUUGUUCAGAUGAGACCGUCGUUUGAGUUAGGUGAACUGAGGUUGGAUUGAGUUAGGUUUACUUUAGUUUUCUUCUCUGCAGUUUGUCACGCGACAACCGUUCUUAAGAUUUUCGUAGGUUUUGUUUGUGCGGUUUUUUUCUCCAAAAUUCUUUUAGUGUUAGCAUUGUGGGGACACUUUCAUAAAUGUAUCAAAUUUCACUUCUAUGGUGCUUGGCCUUGUGGUAAAAGCAAGACUGUUGGAAUAGUUGAAUUAAGCAAAGUGCCAUUACUUGCGUUAAACAAUUUAACAUUUACAGAAAAUGUCAACGGUCAAUGUGAUCUUUUUUAGCUGGCAGGAUUGUCAGAAUCCAUUUGUUCUGUUGAAUUUCUGAAACCCCAAUUUUCUAUGUACAACACUUAGUCAAAUAGUGUACUUGAGACUGUGUGAUGUGCCUAUAGUAAUUCCAGUGCCUUCAUAAUGGAAGUAUUGAAGGUGGCAUAAGUAGAUUGCAUCUGGUAUGCACUUCAAACCUAUUUUAUUAGGGCUAAUGUUGACAUUCCUGUAAUCCAAACCCUUGACGUGUCAAUGUCAGUUCAUUCACUAUGUACAUUCCUGCCUCUUAACAUAGAGAGAAUGAGUUAGAUUGCUAUAUUCCUCAGCAUUUCAGAACACCUAAUAAGUUACCUUAUCAGGUGAUUCCCUUAGUCAGAGGUGGCAUCACCUGUUAUACUCUGCCAUAAAGAUACAUUGGCUGGUCUAGGAUUAUGCAGCCAUCAUAAUCAUUGCUCAUAGUGUAAACUACACCCCAUCGUGUUUCUCUAUGAUCCUGUUCUUGAGAGGAGUUUGUUAUUGUGUAGCAGUAUCGCUGUUGAUUGUUGUUUGCAUGUCUAUUUGACAUUCAAAUCUACCACUCCUGUCUGCUACCCAAACAUCCUGAGGUAGCAAACAAAAAUGAUGCGCUAAUGUCUGUCUAUUGUCCGUCAUUGUAGGUCUACAGGCGGAGAACCAGACUGAGAGAGGCCUUUUACAGGUCAUCACUGUCAUCCCUGUAUGUUUGGAUUCCAUUAGCACUGAGUCAUGUUUUGGUGGCAGUCAAAUACACUUCAGAUGUGAACCAUAGAAAGAGCGAUUUCUAUGGACGUUUUUUUAGGGAAGCAGUAACAAUAAUAGAAAAAGGUUGUACACUUCAGGGUUUAAAAAAACAAAACUUCCCCUUCAAUAGCCAUAUUAUAUUGUCAGAAAUAGUGACUCAGUACUAAUCAUUUUAAGUUGCUUUCUCACUUAAUGUGAGGAACUGAGAGGGGAGUGGUGUGUUUGGCAUGAAACGUAUCCUAAAGAAACACCUAAGAAACAGCUCACUUCUCCAAGUCUGGUUGAAGCAGAUGAUUCUUGCAGGACCGAAUGCCCAACAGGCCAAGGACACCAUUUGACUGAUACCCUGUGUGUCCUACCAAGUGCCUUUUUUGUCUUUCUUUGGAACAUACUUUAUGCAUCAGGGAUAACCAUCCACCCGAACCGAAAUGUGUCCUGUUUAAGUAUGACUUGAAUGUGAUGUAAAGGAGUGUGGUAAACUGAGUAUGACAAUAGGUCUUUUACAUUGGACCAUGUAGCACAGAAAUAAAGAGUAGAGCACCCCCCCCUGUUUAAUAAAUGUAUUACACUGAGCGGCAUCAUAGAAGUGACAUGGUUGUAUUUUACAAAAGAUUACUGUAUGUUUACUUUGAUUUUAGAAUGUUGUGUUUAUUCUCUAACUUUAAUAUCUUCGUCGUACCUUCCUGCUCUGUUGUUGUGCUUCUUGUUUUUUUGUGAAGUCUCUUAGAAUUAUAUACCCAUGACCAUAUUUAUUUCUUUUUGACAUUUGCACAAGAACACUAAAUGUAGCUGCAUGUGUUUUCUCUUUUUACAGUCCUGUUAUUUUGUUAACUCCUUCAUGUUGCAGACAUUUAUUAGGGCACUGUAACAUAGGCUUGACCUACUGCUUCUUAUAAUGUGUAAAUAAUUCUCAAGGUUUUCGAUGGUGAAGAAGACGUGUGUUCUGUGCAUUCUGUCAGGUGUCCCUUCGUGCCUAAAAUCUGUGAGACCUUUUCACAUUUUCGGGCUGUUAUUACGCUGGCCACAGAGCAGUUGGUUGAGGCUGAAAUUGCCUUUGCAACGUUCCCUGUCAUUCCUGGUCCAUGUUAACACGAUUCAGUACUUCCUCUCUUGUGCUGUGACACUGGGGAUGUUCGGGCUGAGAUACGUGUGUGUACUUUUAGAUUCUUUUCAGGGUUGGGUUCAGUUCCAAUUUAAUUUGACAUUCCAAUUUAAUUCUUCAAUAUGAAUACUUUUUUGAAGUUGCGGUAUUGUAAAAACAUGUAAUCUUUGGUACUGAUUUAAAAAGGAAUUCAGUGUUUAUACAUUUCUCAGAUUUCAAACACCAACCCUGAUUUUUUAUUUGAGCAAAAUGGAAUUUACAGGAAUAGGAUCAUUUAAAAUAACUUAAUGUGUAUAGUCAAACCAAGCCCUGCGGCUAUCACUUAUGGAUCCUGCCAUUAUGUCGAUAAGCAAAAUGAUUCUUGGCUGUACAGUUUUACCAUAGUAAAUGGCUUUAAUGCUA